UGUGGUCAGAGGGUAAAACUGCUUAAGCCAGUUUUUUGAGAAAAUGGGAUUAUGUCAUGGUUAUAUACCAAUUUUUUUUUUUCAAAGGGUUAAAGUUCCUAAGUCGUUUAUUUACAAACACAUGAUUUAUUUAACUUGAACAUAACAUAUUAACUCCUAUUGGUUUUGAGUAAAAUGUCAUAAAAAUACUUAAGAACAAAAAUACACAGGAAAAAUAUGCGUGUAAAUACUCCUAAGUAUUCUUAUAAUGCAUUUCGCACUAAAAAGUACGUUUUAUGUGGGGAAAUAACAACCUAUUUUGACUUAAGCAGUUUUACUCCAGAUAAACACAUGGAUAUUUGAGCCUUUGUCGACUUAAGCAGUUAUAGCCAUUUAUAAAGUGCACCGCGUGUAAGUGCGUAUGCAGAAUUAAGCUGUUUUGAGAGAUAAAAAAACGCGAUUUUAGUUGAGCAGAGUGAAACGUUGUGUUUCAAGCAAUUUGUUUAUUGGCUGUUUAUACGUAUUGUUAGCUUUUUUUGUGUUAAUUAUGUGUACGAGAGGCAAGAAAAUAGUUGCCAUGACUUUAAACGUCGAGAAGAGAGACAAGGAUCACGGAAAAGAUAUGACUUUGCUUGAAGCUGCAGAGACCACAAUACCUAAGGUAAUAGCUGUUGAAAAGUUGUUUGACAUUCCAAAUGGAUCAGGCAACGAUUAUAUUGAAUUUGAGUCUUUAAGAAGCGAUGAACCAGUAACAGAAGAGACUGUUUUAGAAGAAAUUACCCUUGAUAUGCCAAUUAUCAUUACUGAAGUAAAAACUAUGAACAAAAAUAAAUCUGAUCUGACUUAUGGGGUAUCAGAAUUUCAAGAUUAUUAUGAAAACAGAAUCUUUGUUGAACAGCCUGAAGCAGAAAGAGUCGCAACAGUAGGCAACAAUAUACAUAUUGAAAGUCUGCCAAUUACUAUUAUUGAUGCAACAAUGGUGACCAGUAACAAAACUGACCUUCCCUAUGGGGCCACAGAUUUUCAAAAUACAUAUGAAAGUUGUGAAUUGGUUAUACAGCCCGAGACCGAACCAAUAUCAUCAAGAGAACAGAACGAUCCGCAACUUCAUUUAAAUCUACUCCACCGUAAUUCUCAAAUGACUCCAGUCUGUCAAUUUCUUGAUCAUUCUGACGCUGAAGAAGACCCUUUUAUCGGUGAUGAUCAACUCAAUGAUCCUGAUUUUAUACCUCCAAUAGAAACGGAUUCAGAUCGCGAUUCAGAAGAGCAUAUCAUACCUCCGAAAAAAACUAAAAUAAAUAAUCAGAACUCCGCAGGCGAUAAUCAUCCGCAGCCUUUUGCUGUAUUAAGUAAACGAUGCCGAAAGAUUAGAAAGGAGAGAAAGGAUAAAAGAAACUCAGGUCAGUCGUACGUAACUGAAACUGGGAAAAUGAUAUCUGAGAAAAGAUGUAUAGAAGAGCUUCCGAAUUGUCGGCGAAAGUAUUUUGAUCCGGAAUCUGGAUGA